CCAUCACAACCUCCCACUGCCUUCCAGUUGACUGCAAGCUCUUCUACCAGCAUCACAGCUUCCUGGCAGUUACCACCAGUCUUUGCCAGACACAGAAACAUUACAGGGUUUAAAUUGUUUUACAAAAAGAAAAGUUCUGGUGGGUCAGCAACAACCUUGCCUAUUAGUGAUGGAAGAACAUCAAGUAAAACUGUUAGUGGGCUUGAUAAGUUUACAGAAUAUGAAUUUCAAGUUUUGGCCUCCACUUCUGAUGGUGAUGGACCAAAAAGUUCUGUGAAAGUGAAAAGAACAAUGGAAGAUGGUAUGUGACAGUCCAGGGAUAAUGAAAAAAACUGUGAACCAUAUUUUUUUAAUUUGCAUCUUCACUGAGGGUUUAUUGAAUACAUAGCAAUCUCAUGAUGAGAAGGCUAAAGAAUUGAAUUAAUUGAUUACUUUAAUUUACCAAAACAACAUUUACAUUCAUGUGGCAAUUUAGUUAAGGAGUGGUAGAAGUUUUCAGCUAAUUAAACUAAUUAAAAACACUACUUCCCAAUUGCAGCUCCGUCACAAUCUCCAUCUAACUUCAGUGUCACUCCAACCUCCUCUACUGGUGUAACAGCAUCAUGGCAACUACCACCAGCAAACUUCCAGAAUGGAAUAAUUAAAGGAUUCAAAUUGUUUUACAAAAGGAAAGACUCAUCAGGUUCAGGCACCAUUCUUCCUAUCAACAGUGAAUCAAUUUUAAACAAGAAUGUCAAUGGGCUUUAUAAGUACACAGAGUAUGAAUUUCAAGUGUUGGCCUUUACUUCUGCUGGUGAUGGUGUAAACAGCUCUGUUGUUGUUCAGAGAACAAAAGAAGAUGGUUAGAGCAAAUUUUUGUUUUAUAUUCUAAAAUUAUCAUGACCUAUGAAUGCCAGAUACACAUGCCUUUCAUACAAUUUCUGAAGUAAUAUGAAAAGUGAAAAUAUCUAAUUAAGCUGUUUUGAGAGGGGAAUGGCCAUGAUUUAACACACUGGUAUAUCAGUGAGGCAUGAGUGGGAAGGUAAUUAUUUGAAGAUACACUAACAUAAAGUAAGCAUUCUGAUUUGCAAUUAAAUCAUAACUAUUUUCAGAUGAAAAUUUACAUGAAAGUGUAUAGUAGCAAUUGUGUUGGCUGUUAUUAUAGGUUUCCUUCCUUGUGGAUUUAGAUCUUGAUGGUGCACCCUUAGUUGCGUCGCAAAUUUAUAGUUUGUUUUUGGAUUUGAUUUGGGUUUUUUUUGGCAUAAAUGUUUAAAAAAAGACAAACACAAAAGCAACAACAACAAAAUGAGUGACAGGUUAGCAGAAGGUAACAACUUUUAAAUUCAAAUUUUGAAGGAGAGUGCUCAAAACAAGAACACCCAACAAAGCAAAGGUAAUUGUGAAGAAGAGCUCCCCGAAAAACCUGUCAGCCGACUUUCAGUCAACUGUUGGCUUACAGUUGACCGACAGGUUACUGACAGUCUACCAACAGCUAACCAGUGUAUUACACAUGUUGGAUGUUGUAUCAAGCGAAAACCGAGAGAAAACAUUAAGGUUUGUGUUAAUGUUUUACCGACAAGCUACCAACAGGUUACUGACACAUUACCAACAGUCGGCCCACUGUUGGCCCACUGUCGGCCCACUGUCGGCCAACAGGUAGCCUAUAUUUCAGGCAAAACCUGUCAGCCGUCUGGCGGCCAACUGUCAGCCGACAGUUGACCGACAGUUGGCCGACAGGUUUUUUGGGGAGCUCUUCUUCACAAUUACCAAAGCAAAAACAACUGGCUAAAAGUCUGGAAGACUCGGCGUCCCAAAAUGGCAAUGACAGAAGUAUUGGAACAUACAAAAUUCUCGAGAAGUUUAUUUAACUGUUCGUACUAAAGAUAGAGAGACCAUAAGAGUGAUAGCCUUAGUUUACUGGUUGCUGCUACUAAGUGAUUAUUUUAUUAAAAAUAAUAAGAAGAUGACGAUCCUAGUGACUUGUUUUUUCGUUAGGAUAGCUAUCAUUUUUUCAUUAUCGUAUGGAACUUCUCAAUUGCAGUUCCUUCACAGCCUCCUAAUGGCUUUACUCUGGCUGCAACUACUUCCGAAAGUAUAACAGCAUCCUGGCGAUUACCACCAGAAUACUCCAGAAAUGGAAUCAUCAAAGGAUAUAAAUUGUUCUUCAAAAAGAAAGGCUCUUCAGGGGCGGGAAGCAUGCAGCUCAUUAGCAGUCAGGCAAUUCACACUCAAGAAGUCGCUGGGCUUGAUAAGUAUACAGAAUAUGAAUUUCAAGUAUUGGCAUUCACUUCUGUUGGGGAUGGACCAAACAGUACCGCUAUUUUU